CCUCAUUUCAGGCACCUACGUUCCUUCCGUGUCAAGCAUUCAUGAUAAAUCAAUCGUAGUUUUGUACUAUUUUCUAGCAAUAUAUAUUUAUUAUGAAAACCACGCCAUUCAUAUUAUAGAAAGCAAUAUUUUACUGCAUAUAAUGGAGAACGACAACUUGAUCCCACCUCACAAGGAUGCCGUAGAUCGCCGUACAGCUAGUCACAGUGAUUCCUCAAGACACCACUUCUCACGAGCGACGUACAUUCUCAUCUAUUCUAUCUUCCCUCUCACACUUAUCCUGAUUCUAUACAUAUCCCCAUUAACAGCCGCCCUUCUGCCCGUAUUGGUCACCCCAACCAUCUGGCUCUUUUUGCAUGACAGGCAACGUUGUACAAAUGAAAGGAAAGACCCGCAGACUUUCUUGUGGACCUACAUACUCACGGGCACGGUCGGCGUAACCGUCGUCGUCAUUACCCAAUACGUCCUGUCCUACCUCUGCGCAGCGAUCCUCUUUGGUUCCGAAAUCGGCGAGUACAUGGACCAAUUCAGCAAGUCGGAAAAGGACCUGACCGAAUCUGACCCCGCAGUCCUGGCCAGGAGAAGAGAAAUGGCCAUGCGGUGGCAAUACUGGGUAUUUCUUCUCCUUCUGGCGUUCGUCUUUGCUGCUGUUAUCGAAGAAUGUUUGAAAUACUCGGCUUUGAUCCUGGCUCGUCGUUACGGCCGGGUCAUCCAUGAGCGCAACUAUGUAACCAUAGUUAUGGCAGGGGCACUGGGGUUCAGCAUCAUUGAAAACAUUGGGUUUGUUUAUGCUACGGUGCAGGCCGGUCAGGGGGCGGGUCAACUUGCCUUGACGCUGCUCGAGCGUGUGGUCAUCGCGUCGCCUAUGCAUGCCUUGGGCGCGGUUGUCAUUGGGAUCAAUGUCAUCAGGCGGGAUGUCUAUAAACAUGAUCUGAACCUCAUGCAUGUUCUCGGUCUUCCGGUGCUGAUCCACGGGACUUUUGACUUCGGGUUGUUCGCUGUUAGCGCCUUGAAUGGGAAUGUAGGAUGGGUACAUCCGCAUGGUGGGUGGUUACUCGUGGCCUUGGUAUGGACAAUUUUCAUGAUGGCGAACUUGGCAGUUAUUAUGCGCAGGCGGGUGGCAUUGAUGAAAGAAUGUAGACCAAAAUUUCUUUGAAAGAUGGCUUUCUGGGAUUGGACACACUACAAUGUUUCCCCGCCCAUCAACUUCUCUUCUUUGCGCCUUUAGAGAGCUGACUAGAGGAUAUGGAUAAGACCAUGGAGGAGCUGGCAUUGACCCAGGAGUCUGGGAGAGAAACAAUGUGUUGGUUUUCUUGGCAGACUUUGUUAUCGAGUGACUAAAUAUCUGAACGUUGCUGUGUUGGCCUUUUUGGGUGGAUAACCCUGCCUUUGUUGCCGAGUCACCAGAGAAGACUAUUUCGCUGGAGGCAACGGCUUAUAUGAACGUUUGCCCCAGCGUAAUUUGGAAUCUUCAAGCUUUGAACAACUGGUUUCGACUUUCCUGGGGUUUAGAUAGGAACGUCACCAAGUCCUUCUGGUAUAAUGGGGAGGAUUUGAUCAAAAUGACGGUCUUUAAUUCUUGCGUAAUGCUGAAUAUUGUUGUUGUCGG